UCGCCGUCGCAAUCCGCAUUCCGCAUUCCGACUUCCGCGUGUAUCUCGUAUCUCCAGCGCGCCAUUCAAGAUACUUUCGCAUCCGUUCAUUCAGAGUCAGUCAGUCAGUCGCCUGGCAUUGCUCCGAGAUGCCGGUUCGCGUGUCGCGCUGCUCUCGCCGCCUUCGAUAUUAUGAUUCGAUAGUAAACAACAACCCAAAGUCAGUGGUCGCGAAGUACUGAAAGCCUCACAAGUGAAACGCGAAAAUGCAACUUAAGAACUAAACGAAACCAAAGUCAGCAACAGAUUAACCAGAAAUCCAAGUAUCACAUAAGAGAUCUGCCAAAAAAUACAGGCCAAAAUGAUGGCGCUCGACGGCAAGGCGAUAAUUAAGGAGGAGAUUACCGACAAGGACGCCUACGACGCAGCAGCAGCGGCGGCAGUGGCAGCAGGUGCCGCACUGGCAGUGGCCACCGCAGCUGUCCAGGCUGUCCAAGUGCCGCCCGCGUCAUCGUCUUCGUCAUCGGCGGGAUCAGCGUCAGCGGCAGCGGCAGCAGCAGCAGCGGCGGCCUCCAACAACACAGCAGCGGCAGCUGCCACAGCGGCAGCAAUUAGUCGCAGGCUUAAAGCCAACAGCAGCGGCAGCAGUAGCAGCGGUGGGGACAAGAGCUCCUCCUCGUCCAGCAGCAGCAAGGACAGCAGCCACACAUCCUCCAGUCGGAGUGAACGGGAGCGGGAGAGGGAACGGGAUCGUCUUUGUCGAACUCCGCCGGACUCACCGCCGGACAGUUCGCGCAGCCUGGCUCCCCGCUCGCCCCACUCGCCCUUGCAGCUCCACCAGCGACCACAGCGUACGGCCAGCGUUUCCCCGGUGGUAAAUGGUGGCGGCGUGGGUUCCUCGGGCACCUCUCCGACGCCCACACCAGGUGGACAGCAUGCCGCUUCCCUGGCUGCCGCCGCCGCAGCUGCAGCAGCCGCUCAUGUGGAGCAAGCGCGUCUGGUGUCCAAGAUGCGAAAGUUUCUGGGCGCCUUGGUGCAGUUCUCGCAGGAGCUCGGGCAGCCGGAGGUGAGUGAGCGGGUGCGAGCCCUGGUGCUAUCGCUCUGCUGCGGCAGUAUUUCCGUGGAGGAGUUCCGGCUGGCCCUGCAGGAGGCCAUCAACCUGCCACUGCGACCGUAUGUGGUGCCGCUGCUCAAGAAUAGCAUUGCGCUGGUGCAGCGCGAGAUCUUGGCCAUGGCCCGGGCCACCAACCAGUCAGCGCUGCAGUACGUAACCAACAACGAGCAGGCGGUGAUGGAGUUCACUCCUCAUGGAGUUCAAAGUGCUGAGUUUGGAGACAUAUUCAUCCAGCUGGAGGCACCGACUUCCAAUGGCGGCAGUGGCGUCUUCAAGCGUCGCUCCUCGGACUCCAUGAUGGAGCACGGUGGGCACAAUGGUCUGCAGGAGUGGAGCGAGUACAUGGCCAGCGGUGGAGCUGGCUAUCCUCCGCCUCCUAGCAAGCGGCUGACCCUGCAUCCUGGUCACUCCGUGGUCUAUGGGGACUAUGGAGUCUCUGCUGAAGGUCUGCCAUCUGCGGCCGCCUUCCUGCAGCGAGAUGAGCGAGAUCUGCGAAUGAGCGAAGCCCAGGCCAGGCAUCCUGCUCCACCACAGCGUGCGGGAAAUCCCAAUCCCAAUCCUAACCCAAACCCCAAUCCGAAUGCAGCUGCACCAGGAGCGGGAGCAGGUGGCGAAGAAGAGUGGAAGAACAUUCACACCAUGCUCAAUUGCAUCUCGGCCAUGGUGGAUAAGACAAAGCGGGCCAUAACGAUCCUGCAGCAGCGGGGCAUUGAGCCACAGCAUCCGAACAGUGGUCAGGAGGUGACUCCAGCAGCCAUGGCAGAGCUGCGACGGCAGACAGAGGAGAAGGUGGCCGAGUUUAAGAGGAAUGCCGAAGAUGCUGUCACACAGGUCAAACGGCAAGCUGUCAUUGAGAUCCAAAGAGCCGUGGUGGCCGCUGAAACGCGAGCCGCGGAAAUCAUGACCCAGGAGCGCCUGCGCAUGGAGAAGUUCUUCAUGGAGAUGAGUCGUCAUUCCAGCGGUGAACGAGAUUUGGACAACAAGUCACCAUCAAUGACCAGUGCCCAGAAUGGCAGCAAUCUGCAGCAGCAGUGCUGGAAUUGCGGUCGCAAGGCCACGGAAACCUGCUCCGGCUGCAACAUGGCUCGAUAUUGCAGCGCCUCGUGUCAGUACAGGGACUGGGAUAGUCAUCACCAGGUGUGCGGCAAUUCGCGGGCCACUGAGCUGAGCGCCAAGCAUCUGCACUCGGCCAGCAGCCUUCGCAGCGCCAUGGCCACCCGAUCCCCACCCACUCCCAACUCGGCCGUUCAUCUCCAGGCGGCGGCAGCAGCUGCGGCAGCUGCGGCUGCAGGUGCCCGUGAAGCGGUCAGCGCUGUCAGUGGCUCUGGAGCGGCAGGUGGUGGUCCAGUUCCAGGUGUGGCUGGCGGGGGAGGAGUAAGCAGCGGUGGUGGGGGCGGCGGCGGUGGAGGAGGAACCAACGGCGGUGGAUCCUCUGCAGCUGCAGCCGCAGCAGCUGCCACUCCAGGUGCUCUGGUGGCCAACGGGUUGGGCUCCAAAUGACGCAUUCGCAUGAUGAAACCCAAGAAGAAGUACUUGUGCUAGUCAAAUUAAAGGAAGUGGAGGUCAGGCGGAUAAGAAACCAUAUACACAAACACACACACUUAAUUAUGCAGCUAAUAUAGAGUUAUCCAAAAACCAAAAAAAAGAAAGUUAAGUAAAGUUAAUAAAGAAAGGAUAUAUUGUCCGCAUCGUCACUUAAAGACACAAAAACUAGAUGAUGCUUGACAUCCACAACAAGGCAUAAAUAGAUUCAGAUUGAUGUGCAUUUUCACUAGAAUUUAUACAUUUCAAUGUUUUAAGCAGAAUAGAACUAAGGAAGGAAUUGAAGGAGAAGAAGUAUUACUGAAACGCCGAGAUUUGUAUCCUUCAAUCCCUGACUUACUGGAUUAAUGUACGGAAAUUCCACUUUAAAGUCAGCACUUUCACAAAACAAAAAAGGAAUAAAUAUUACUAACAAUAUGUGCACACUAUUGAAGAUUACAUAAGCAAGUAAUAUCAUGAAAAUUAAAAGCAACAUUUGAUAAACAUAAACCGUAAACACCACACAGUUGUGUAAGUAAGCAACCCAAAGCAAAGCAUAAACAAAAAACUGAACAUAGUAGAUUUUAUUAAUAAUAAUACAGUAUAUUAUUACUAUGGAUAUGAUUACGAUUAUGGCUAAUUUAUUGAUUGAGUUUAAUUUAUUGAUUAGUAUUUAUUGUACUCCCUAAACUAAAACUUAAUGUACUUUUACCAUAAACAAAUACCAAGUAAAUGUUACACCUACAAAAAGCAAAAAGGCUGCAGGCCGCAAGGA